CGACUCGCGGCGAAUGGUCAACUCAAAAAUAUUCACGUCACGAACGUUGAGUUGUCAUCACGGGUGUUCGUAACGUGAAAUCAUGAUUUGAGUUCCUUUAAUAAAAUAUUUUCUUCUACAGUAUUUUUAUAUAUUAAUAUUAUAUUCAGUUUAUUCUAAUUAGUAACAGUAUUACAGUUUAAAUUAAUGUGUUUAUUUAACCAAUUACUUUGGCGAUAGAAAAUUUGGAGUCCAAGAAAGUGAUAGUUUGUUACAUAGCUAGCUCAUACCUUACAGGAAAUCUUCGCUAGUGUUACAGUAGCGUAGGCAACAUGGACCAAAGUGGCAUAACCCCGAACACUUCGAAUCAGCAGCUUGUUAUAAACAGUGAUAAUGAAUCAGCCACUGCACUAUUGCAAGAGAAGCAGACCAGGAGAAGAGAAAAUCUAAGUGAAGUAUCGUUCGCCGAAUACAUGACUGUCGGAAUAUUGUGUUUCGUCAAUCUUAUCAACUAUAUGGACAGAUUCACCCUUGCUGGUGUGCUGAAUGAUGUCGAAGACGAGUUCAAUAUAGGCAAUGACAAAGCCGGGUUCCUUCAGACUGUGUUCGUGGUGGCGUACAUGGUGUUCGCGCCAAUAUUCGGGUACCUCGGAGAUAGGUACUCGCGGCGGUAUAUCAUGGCGUUUGGAGUGGGGCUAUGGAGUCUGACCACCCUAAUGGGAUCUUUCGUACACAACUUCGUUUUGUUCACUGCAUUUCGUGGGUUGGUGGGUAUUGGCGAGGCCUCAUACUCAACAAUCGCACCGACAAUCAUUAGCGAUCUCUUCGUGGGAAAUGUACGCUCUAAGAUGUUGGCUUUCUUCUACUUCGCCAUACCCGUUGGCAGUGGUCUUGGUUAUAUAGUGGGGUCUUUAGCGGGGGCAGCAGCUCAUGACUGGCGAUGGGGUCUUCGUAUCACCCCCUUCCUCGGCGCUGCGGCCGUCGUAUUGAUUCUUGCGGUACUCCAGGACCCUGCCCGGGGGCAGGCUGAGGACAGUCAGAUGAAACCAACCACUUACAGCCAGGAUAUCAAAGCACUUGUUAAGAAUCCUUCAUUCAUGCUGUCGACGCUCGCGUUUACAUGUGUAGCGUUUGUGACAGGCGCCCUCGCGUGGUGGGGACCUCAGUUCAUAUUCCUGGGCCUGAGCAUGCAACCUGAUGUCGAUGUUACUCUAGGCAGGGUGUCGCUAACGUUCGGCGUGAUCACGAUGGUCGCGGGGCUGCUGGGCGUGCCGCUGGGCGCGUGGCUGGGCGCGGCGCUGCUCAAGCGCUGGCCGCGCGCGCACCCCGUCAUCUGCGGGCUCGGCCUGCUCGUCUCCGCGCCCGCCAUGACCCUCGCGAUCCUCCUCACUGACGGCUACUUCUACGCGCCCUUCGUCCUUAUGUUUAUUGGCGAAGUCGCUUUGAAUCUCAACUGGUCAAUUAUAGCCGAUAUGUUGCUGUAUGUGGUGAUUCCGCCAAGACGGUCUACAGCUGAAGCUUUCCAAAUCUUAAUAUCACAUAUGUUUGGAGACGCUGGAAGCCCUUACAUAGUUGGAGUGAUAUCAGAAAGUUUGAAAAUAUCCUUAUCACCUGUACAUACUGAUGUGCCAAGCCAAAUUGUACAGUUCAAGUCUUUACAAUAUGCGCUGUUCGUGACGUGUUUCGUGGAAGUCAUUGGAGGCAUUUUCUUCCUGCUAACAGCAAUAUACAUUGUCAGAGACAAGUUAAGAGUCGAACGAGCUAUUGCUGUUUCUACAAAAGUAAUGUAGUAUCGUGGUAGAAGCAGAGGCGCAAUCAACGGAGCCAUCACACAUUCCAGCCCAAGACGGUGUCGGUGGAGGUGAAUAAACGCCACGAACGUUCAAGUUGGAUACAAUUACCUCUAUUAGUGAGAGCACUGUGAAAGGACACUUGGAAAAGAGAAAGUUGUUACAGUUAAAUAACUAUAAUAAUUGUAAUUCCUCGUCCUUACUGAAAAUACCUAUUGCUAAACUUAAAACCUUGUUCUAUUAAAAAAAUAUAUUUAAUUCCUAAGUCAUUUUCGAAUCGCUCGAUAUGCUUAAAGAGGAGUUAAAAUAAUUAUAGUAAUUUAAUUUUUAUAACACUUAUUAAAUAAGACUGAGUAAGGCAUAUUGCUAAAACGUGGGUUGGUUAUGUAAUAGUGGGAAAACGAAUGUGUGAUUGUAAGUAGUUAGAAACUAGGCAUCACAGUAGCUAUUGUUACUUAUUUGAUUAAGAAGCCAUGUGCCUGUUAAAAUAAAAAUUAAUGCAAUGCGUUCUUAGAUAUCUUGUAUCAAUAUAAAUAAAAUUGUAAAGUAUAUAUUACAGAAUCACUUAUAACCGUAACAAUAAUUCAUGUUGGGAUUAAUUCCUCAAGCAUGUUGUUAAAAAAUUGACGUAUUUAUUUCAUUGUUAAAGAUAAUUAAUUAAUGAUGCGAAAAUUUUGUGUAUUAAUUUAUUAUUUUGUUUACACAGUGUUCUAGAAUGGAAAUAUUCAUGCAGUUUAACAAUAAUUGUCGUUUGAAGUUCCUAUGUAUGUAGUACAUUCGAUGUAAUUUUGAAUAGUUGUCGAACAAUUUAUUGCACAUAAUAUACGGUUUGUUAUAAAACUGUCAUGGAAGUCUUUACUAGGCAUAGUCUAUUGUGUGUCAAUUUAACACUUUUAGAGGCCUGUACGGAAGUGCAUAAUUAUAAAACGACGUUUUUUUAUUUUGUUGAAGAGUUGUGGCACUUUGUCAGGCUCAUGAAUUACCGUACAGAUGUUUGAUUCUCUCCUAAUUAGCUACAAAUCAUGAAGGAUUGACGUUUCUCAACUGUUUAUAAGAUAUUGAAAUAAGUUAUUGUUUUGUGUUAGUUAAAUAAUGGAGCGAUUUAUGUGUAAUAUUUAAUUAAGGUAGUAAUGUUUAUUAUUGUUUCAAGCAUUUCUUUGUAGAAAGACAAAGUUAAACUGUAUUGAAUAUAGUAGAAGACUGAAUAAAUUUAAUUUUCGAAAUUUCUUUCAAAUAAUAUAAUAAUUACAAUAUCUUGUUUGUACAUAUAUGUGUACAUAGCAUCUCAUGGAAUUGAAAUAAAAAUAUAAUUUAUUUUCGAUAA